CGCUUAAUUCGAUGACAAUUAAUCGACUGGCAAAGUGAAUCAGAAUGAAAUUAACGAAACCCAAUUGAUUUGCAAAACGGUAAAAAAAGUGUUCAAAUUAAGUUAAUUAAGAGCAAAGUGGCAAGAGAAACUCUGCGUGUACCGCAGUCAAAUCUAGCAUUCGUUUAAACUGUUUUUACGGGUAGUAAAAAGGAGAAAAUUUAAACAAAGCAAUGUCCUCGCUCUCCGCCUCAGCGGAAAAUGUUUCCACAAUGGGCAUUGGCGGCGGUCCCGACUCCAAUUCGCAUCACGGCUCCGAUGGCGGCGGCUCCAGCAUGUGCCUGGAGCUAGCGCUCGAAGGCGAACGUCUCUGCAAGGCAGGCGAUUGCCGAGCGGGCGUUGCCUUCUUUCAAGCAGCCAUCCAAGCGGGCACCGACGAUCUGCGCACCCUAUCCGCCAUCUAUUCACAGCUGGGCAAUGCGUAUUUCUACUUGGGCGACUAUGCCAAAGCCAUGCAAUAUCACAAGCACGAUUUAACUCUAGCCAAAUCAAUGAACGACAAACUGGGCGAGGCCAAAUCCUCUGGCAAUCUGGGCAACACACUCAAAGUAAUGGGUCGCUUUGACGAGGCAGCGAUUUGCUGUGAUCGUCAUCUAACACUCGCUCGCCAGCUGGGCGAUCGCUUAUCAGAAGGCCGAGCGCUCUAUAAUCUCGGCAAUGUCUAUCAUGCCAAGGGCAAGCAUUUGGGUCAGCGUAAUCCGGGCAAGUUCGGUGACGAUGUCAAAGAGGCUUUGGCAAAGGCCGUCGAAUAUUAUCAGGAGAAUCUACAGCUAAUGCGAGAUCUGGGCGAUAGAGGUGCCCAGGGCAGAGCCUGUGGCAAUCUGGGCAAUACCUACUAUCUCCUGGGCGACUUUCAGUCAGCCAUUGAGCAUCAUCAAGAGCGCUUGCGCAUAGCUCGCGAGUUCGGAGAUCGCGCCGCGGAACGUCGCGCCAAUAGCAAUUUAGGGAAUUCGCAUAUCUUUUUGGGCCAGUUCGAGGAUGCAGCGGAGCAUUAUAAACGCACCUUGGCUCUGGCCAUGGAGCUGGGCGAGCGUGAGGUGGAGGCACAGUCAUGCUAUAGCUUGGGCAACACAUAUACGCUGCUCCAUGAGUUCACCACAGCCAUUGAGUAUCAUCAUCGACAUUUGGCCAUUGCCCAAGAGUUGGGCGAUCGCAUUGGAGAGGCGCGUGCUUGUUGGUCUUUGGGCAAUGCCCACUCGGCCAUGGGCAACAAUGAGAAGUCUUUGGAAUUCGCCGAGUCCCAUUUGCAGCUGGCCAAGGAACUGCACGAUCCCGUGGGUGAGAGCACAGCGCGCGUGAAUAUAUCCGAUUUACGCAAGCUGCUGGGUUUGCCGGAGGCGGAGCAUACGCCCACGCAGGAUGACGAACGCUCCAGCGCCUCGGAGCAUUCGGCGAGCGGACAUCAAUCGGAUGGCUCCGAGAACUCACAAGGACGCUUGGUUCGUGUGCGUCGCCAGAGCAUGGAACAGCUGGAUCUGAUCAAGAUUACGCCCGAUGGUAAGCGUUUGCAGGAGGAGAAGCACAAGGCGUCAAAUGCCGCCGCCCACACAAAAGCCAAAGAGGACGAUUUCUUCGAGAUGCUCUCGCGUUCCCAGUCCAAGCGGAUGGAUGAUCAGCGCUGCUCCAUUAAGCUAAAUAGCGCCGGUAGCGUUGCAGCUGCUGCUGCUGCUGCCUCCACGGGCGCCACACGGAAACCCUUGGUGCAGCAGAACUCCCUGUUUGUCGACCCCACGAAUUUGCCGGGCUUGAAGUCGCCCUCAUCGGGCGUGCCACCGGCUCUUGGUCAUGCGCCAUUGGCACGCAGUGCCACAAUCAAUCAACAGCCAGACGAUGCAUUUUUGGACAUGCUGAUGCGCUGCCAGGGCUCCAGGCUGGAGGAGCAACGUUCCGAAUUGCCGCGUCCGAAUGUCACCAUGGAUGUGGAGGCGCCACAGAUGCAGGCGCCAGCAGCUGCUGCUGCCGGAGCUGGUGCUGCAACAGGUGGACAGUCUGGCAGAGGCACCACAGUGCCAGACGAGGAUUUCUUUUCGUUGAUCAUGAAAGUGCAGAGCGGUCGCAUGGAGGAUCAACGGGCGUCCAUACCAUUUGGCGGCUUCAGCAAUGCUCAGCGAAAUGCCCGCAACAACCACAACAACAACAACAACAAUAACAAUACCAACAGCAACAACAACAAUGCUGGCGGAUCAGCUGGCGCCAAGUAGAUGCAACCAAUUGUCUGUCCAUUUAGACUCUCUUACAAUCUUUAUAUGUAUUUUUUAUUCAUCAUUUCGUUCUAAGAUUUAUAACCAAAAAAUAUUUUAUUUUAUUAUGCAAUCAAGCACACACACACACACACGCGCAAGUACAGUGAACACUCUGACAGCUAACA